AUGUACUCCAUCUUACUCGCCGCCCUUGGCCUUUUGGUCGCCGCGACCUCGGCCGACGACAAUGACAACAUCACCACUUCAGCUGAGAGCGACACCCCUCCAGAAUGGUCCACAAACGAUGCUCUGCAGAUGAAUCUAUCAACUCCGGGCGGGCAGACCAACCCGCUCCAAUAUACAGUCAUUCCUCUUAUCCCUAACGCUGGCACGAAUCAAUCAAGCAGUAACUUUUCAUUGAACAUAGAUGGCAACAUGAUUGCUACCGACGUAUCCAACUUUAUCAAAGUCAAUAAGCCUAACGACGUCGCUUAUCUCUCAUGCGACAAUCCUUCGUCUGGCACCUUCAUUAGCACCAAUACAAUGCUAAAUGAUCUCGUCAACGCAAACCCAAAGGCCAUCGUCUUGUAUUCGCUUGCCGGCACUUGGUGCAGUCUGAAUUUUCAGAACCCCCCAGCUUUUUCUAAUAUCCUGUCCAUGGCCGAUAGCGGAGAAGCACAAAAUGUGCUGAGUUUCCUAAACGGAACUGCCAAUGGGAGAGUCGUCAACGUUUCCAUCACGGGAAAUUCAACCGUUGGAGAUCCUAAUGGCAACCCCAGCGGAAGUACAGGCUCCAGCUCAUCGGUCGCCAUGAGUGUUCUUUACACUAUAACAGGUCUCAUCACUCUUCUAUUUCUCAUAAUUAUUGCCACAGGCGCCAUAAGGGCACAUCGUUAUCCGGAACGAUAUGGACCUCGGAGAGCCCUGGGUGGCCGGCCUCGACAGAGCCGCGCCAAGGGACUGGCUCGCGCAGUUCUCGAGACUCUUCCCAUUGUCAAGUUCAACAACCAGGAAUCCGCUAAGCCGGAUCCUGAUCUUGAGCUAGACACGGCAACCACCGAUGGGCGUGACACCAGGACUCAGAAGUCGGCAUCAAUCCUUACAGAGGAUCCACGACAUGAAGCAGCCACGGCCGCCACGGGCGGUGGCGAGACCAAAGAACCGGUUCCAGUAGCUGAGUCCCACGGCGCUGCUGACGCUGGCACCAACCCAGUUGGGAACGUGGGAUGUUCGAUCUGCACAGAGGACUUCAAGGAAGGUGAAGAUAUGAGGGUUCUGCCUUGUAACCACCAAUUUCACCCAAAUUGUAUUGAUCCUUGGCUUCUCAAUGUGUCUGGAACAUGCCCCUUGUGCCGACUCGAUCUUCGUCCUGAUGCUGCUGAGAACAACGAUAGACCGGCCACCGAUAGAAGCUCUACACUACCACCUCCUUUGGCUUUGGAGGGUGAGGAUGGCGAAGGCAGCCAUCCGCAUCACCGCAAUAGGAUUUCACGCUUUUUCGAUAUCAACAGGCUGAGACAAGCAACAACGGAAGAACAAAUCGAAGCUCUUCGACAGAUGCGAUCGACUCGCCAGAACGAUACAGAAGCUCAUGGUGCAAGCGGUGAUGCGGGCGGCGUCCAUGAUGCAGAGGGUGAAAGAGGACAGAGGGCUCACUUAUCUGCGAAACUCAAGGAGAAAUUCCGAAUUCGAACCAGAGCUCGGUCUCCGGAGCGUCGCGAUGGUUAA